AUGGACUAUUCCAAAUACACUCAGGGCGCGAAGGCGAACGAUGCUGAUGCAAAGUCGGAAAGCCCUUCCCUGCUGGCAGUUGCCACAUCUUCGGAUGAGGGGUCGGUCGUCCGGGACUACAAAAACUACAUGCAGCAGCGUGGCAAGAAUGUUUCCGCGGGUUUCGAGAAGUACAUGAAAGCCCAUGCUGGGGAGUUCAAGCACUACGUGCAAUCCCGUGGUGCUGAAGCAGCAGGUGACUUCAAUGACUACUUCAAGAACUACAAGAGCUUCUUCCAGAACGAAGGCAAAGAUGCAGCCGGUGAUUUCCAAAAGUUUGUCAACGAGUAUGCUAGCGACUAUGCGAAAUACUUGAAGGAGCGAGGCGCCAACGCUGCAACUGACUACAAGCAGUACCAGACACGGUACCAGGAGGGUGGGGCAGCUGUGGUCCUUGCUGCCACUGGUGGUGACCAGAGUGCCGCUCCUGAUCAACAGAGCGCCGAAGAGAAGAAGGAAAACCAGGAGAGAGAGGAGGAAAAGCAGAGGCUGCACGAGGAGCUGCAGUCAGAGCACGAGCGCCUGAGGAAGGAGCUGCAGGCAGAGAAGGAGCACCUCCGCGAGGAGCUCGCAGAAGAGGCGAAGGAGCACCAGCAGAGCCCCAAGUCUGGAGCGGCGCCGGCGAUGCUGCUGCAGAAGGUCGCCACCUACUGGUUCUUCACUCCGCUGCUCGCGGUCGUGGCCGGUGCCGGGGCCGUCUUCGCUUUCUUGCGGCGACAGGCUCAGCGCCAGCGAUUAGUCGUGGACGACUAU